GUAUUCUGGAGCUCAAGCGCCCUCUUCGGCACUCGUUGAUUGUACACAAAUGUGGACUGGACGCAUGCUGCUGGAUACCCAUUCACAGAUUGAUGAAUCCAGCUUAUUAUAAACACAGACCAUGGAUGAAUUCGCUCCAUUAGAUUGCCUUUCGCCUCCAGGAAAACAGAGGAUUUGCUUGGUUAUCCUAAAUCAACCGUUGGAUGAGCGGUACUUCCAUGUACUGUGGAGUAAAGCCAAGAUCCGGGCAUGUGCCGACGGAGGUGCCAAUCAUCUGUUCCGGCUCACGGAGGGUCGUCGUGAGAGUUUUCUCCCAGACUACAUAAAUGGAGACUUUGAUUCAAUCCUGCCAGAGGUCAAAGCGUUUUACACAGAAAAGAACUGCAAGCUAAUGGAAACGGCUGACCAGGAUCUGACAGACUUCACUAAGUGCUUGGCCAUUAUGGUGGAGGAGAUCAAAGCACAGAAAUUGCAGAUAGACACCAUCGUAACACUGGGUGGUCUUGGAGGCCGCUUCGACCAGAUCAUGGCCACAGUGGAGACCUUGUUUCAUGCCCAAAAGAUGACGGAUUUGCCUGUGGUGGUUAUACAAGACCGUUCUCUGGCCUUCCUUCUCCGAGAGGGCAAACAACACCGACUGAAUGUGAACACCGGCUUGGAGGGGAAAUGGUGUAGCCUGGUUCCUGUGGGCUGCCCUUGUCUUACCACCACUUCUGGGCUUAAAUGGAACUUGGACAAUCAGAUAUUGGCUUUUGGACAGCUUGUAAGCACAUCCAACACUUACGAGGAUCACGACCCCAAAAAAGGCAGAAAACCUGUGACGGUCACCACUGACAAGCCACUUUUAUGGAGCAUGGGAAUUAAACGACUGUGAAUAAAGCACUGGAGCACCGAGCCUUUAAAAAGUGCCUUUUUUUCAGCACCAACAACCUUUUAUUAAUGAAGACAAUGAGUAGUGUAACCUUUGAUUUAUUAACAGCCAAAUAUAAAUGUUGACAUGCACAAAAAGCAUGAUUUAUACAAAUGUUUGCAUUCAGUCCAUCAUCGUUUCCGGCAGCCGCAGGUCUGUUUGGCUUCACAGCUGGUUCAACCACCACUGUUAACAAGAGAAACAACAAUCCUGCUUUAAUCACUGAGUCAAUCAAAGGCUGAAUGUAACAAAGCAGCAGAUCAAAAGGCAAUUUGCACAUUAUCUUUAAUGCUCUGUAGUAAAUUACAUGUUGGGAGUUUAAUGAUUUUUUUAACCAACUAUUUUUCACAAUUAUAGCAAUAAAAGUCUGAAUGACACUGGUAA